CUGUGUUUACAGCUGCUCACAAACAUUAAAAGGCUGACACACGAAUCCUAGCUAGACUAACCCUGUCGCAGUUUUUAAUUAAACACAUUCAGAAGAAAAGCAUCACUUCAUCUGUAAGUAGCCUCACCAUUAUAGACAUCCUGCUGUUUGACUGUCCAGGCUAAGUAAUGAUGGUUGAGGUACUAAUGAAUUAAACCCCCGAAUGAAUGUUGCACAUUUUGUGAUUUCACAUAUUAUUGAUAUGAAAUGAUAUUACAUCGAAAAGCAAAAUGUGGCUUAAGUCCACAGCAUUAGAUUUUAAGUAAUUUCAGCAUGUAUCUUAAUUAAUAAGCUCAAUGUCCAACAGCUGGUAAACUAUAAUAAGUAGUAAAAUUAGCAUAUUAACGUGUUAUUUUAUUAUAUAUAAUUAUGUCUUAUUAAUUCAUUCAAAUUCUAAGUGGUCUACUAAAAUGUCUGUCGCUAAAGGAAUAUUAUUUGGAAUUGAUCUUGGAACACCCUAUUCAUGUGUAUGGGUAUUUCAACGUGGUAAAGUUGAAAUAAUUGCCGAUGACCAGGGAAACGGGACAUCACCCAGCUAUGUGGCCUUCACAGACACAGAGAGACUAAUUGGAGAUGCAGCCAAAAACCAAGUUGCCAUGAACCCUAACAAUACUGUAUUUGAUGCCAAACGUCUUAUUGGCAGAAGGUUUGAUGACCCCAUUGUCCGGUCAGACAUGAAACUUUGGCCUUUUAACGUGGUUAGUGAUCGUAGAAAACCCAAAGUACAAGUUGAGUACAAAGGAGAAACUAAAACCUUCUAUCCUGAGGAAGUCUCCUCCAUGGUCUUGGUGAAAAUAGAGAUUUCGGACGCGUUCUUGGGACAGAAGGUUAACAACGCUGUCAUCACGGUCCCAGCUUACUUUAAUGACUCACAGCGCCAGGCAACCGAGGAUGCAGGAGUCAUCGCUGGACUAAAUGUUUUUAGGGUCAUCAGUGAGCCGACAGCCAUCGCCUAUGGUCUGGACAAAGGGAACAAAGGGGAACGCAAUGUAUCGAUCUUUGACCUUGGAGGGGGUACUUUUGAUGUGUCAGUCCUGGCAAUAGAAGAUGGAAUAUUUGAGGUGAAAGCCACAGCAGGGGACACACACCUGGGUGGGGAAGACUUUGACGAUCGAAUGGUCCAACACUUUACUGAUUAGUUUAAGAGGAAAAACAAGAAAGACAUAAGUCCGAACAAGAGGGCUGUGAGGAGACUGCGUACAGCAUGCGAGAGGGCACAGAGAACCCUGUCGUCGCACACCCAGGCAAGCCUCGAGAUAGACUCUCUCUUUGAUGGGAUUGACUCCUUCACCAGGGCACGCUUUGAGGAGUUAAACUCAGAGCUCUUCAGGGGAACAUUAGAACCAGUUAAAAAAGCCCUUAGAGAUGCCUAAAUGGACAACAGCCAAAUCCAUGAUGUUGUGCUCAUUGGUGGCUCAACACGAAUCCCUAAAAUUCAAAAACUCCUGCAGGAUUUCUUCAACGGUAGAGAUUUGAAUAGGAGUAUACAUCCAGACGAGGCAGUGGCGUAUGGAACGGCGGUUCAGGCUGCUAUUCUCAUGGGUGAUACUUCAGAGAAUGUACAGGACUUACUGCUCCUGGAUGGGGCUUCACUCUCCACUCUGGGUAUUGAGACUGCUGGAGGAGUCAUGGCACCCCUCAUCAAACGCAAUACCACCAUCCCAUCAAAACAGACAUAAAUAUUCUCAACGUAUUCAGACAACCAGCCUGACGUGUUGAUUCAGGUGUACAAGGGAGAAAGAGCCAUGACUAAAGAUAACAACCUUCUAGGUACGUUUGAACUCAUUGGUAUCCCACCUGCACCUCGUGGAGUCCCUCAGAUUGAGGUGACCUUUGACAUUGAUGCAAAUGGCAUCCUGAACGUAUCAGCAGUUGACAAGAGCACUGGCAAAGAGAACAAGAUCACAAUCACCAAUGAUAAGGUAUGGUUGAGCAUUGACAGGAUGGUUCAAGAAGCUGACAAGUAAAAGGCUGAGGAUGAAGUCCAGAGAGAGCGGAUUGCUGCCAAGAACUGCCUGGAGUCGUACGCCUUUAAUAUGAAGAACAGUGUAGAGGAUGAGAAGGUGGAGGGGAAAAUAAGUCAGCAAGAGAAGAAUAAAGUUGUUGAGAAGUGGUAAGAAGCAAUCUCCUGGCUUGAUAACAACCAGAU